GUCUCCGCAGUCUCGAAACACACGCAGUGCGCGAAGGACGUGUGCUCGACUCGUGAAAGACAAGGCUCUUUUUUUGUCGAAGGCUUUUUUUCAAUUCGAGAAAAGAGACUUUAUUAUUCGUUUUCCCUAGUCAGAAUUCAGGUCUCGACUUCCUUCUUUUCUCCGCGAUCGAUCCGUCGACCUGUCAAGCGUGAGACGUGAUGCGUCACAAAAACGUGGAGCAGUGCAAGCGACUCUGAAAAAAAGGGAGUUUGCGAUUCCUUACAAUCAGCAAACUGUGAUACCUGGUGUAGGCUGGAAUCCGUGAUACUUGAAGAAUUUCAACGAUGGUAGAUCCAGAGGAGGAACUUUCUUAAGGGCAUUUGCGACAUGUGCGUUGCAUAAUCUGCACGCGGUCCGGUGAAGAGUUCGAAAAGCGUCCUCUCGCCGGCAAGAAUCUGCAGAAAGAGACUUAACAAAACAAAAAAAGAAGAAAGUUGUUGAUAUACAGUAAGGAAUAUUAUCGAAGCUCGAGAGGAUGUUUUUAAAGUCAACGAAUUGAGGAAAAGAUGAAUUGAGGGAAAAAAUUGGACUUCUUUUUGAUUGGCCCAAAUGUUCUGGUGGAUGCGCAAGAUCUGCGCGAGCCAGUUUCUUCACGAAUGGGACCAAAAGGAGACUAAAUUUGUGAUUAUCAGGUGUCGCUGAAUGGGAUUUAAAAUCCACAAAGCACGAUCCUUCAGACACGUUUAACUUAAUCUUUGGACGGGCUUUUGAACUGACGAUUCGCGUGGGAAGAGUGAUUUUUUUUAUUUUCAAAGUGUGCCAAGGUACUAGUGAAGGAAUAAUGACGGCGAUGCUGGUUUCUGUGGCGGAAUUAUCCAACAUUUUCUCCGUCCUUGCUGUUCUCAUUUGCUUCUGUGGAAUCGUCCUCUUCAUCAUGAGGAAUAUGAUGGUUCUUCGUGUUCACGGAGAUGAUUUAAUGUUUGGUGGGACUAGCGGAGUAAUUACACAUUCUCCACGAAUCCCCCAAAUGAAAAUGAUGAAGGUCCAUAUUCCUUUUACUUUCAAACUUCACGAGAGUUUCAAGAGCAAUUAUACUGAAGUGGAAUGCGAGGUUUCCAGUCAAGUUGAAUACUCAGUUCAGGCAAUAUGGGGCGUAAGUAUCAGAGAACUUCACCUCGCUCUUUGGAAGCCUUGGAAUAAUCUCAGGGACGCGUCCCUAAAUGGAACUCUUCUUCAGGACCAUGCCCAGUACCUCACACCACCACAAACUAGACAGCCGCACGGAGAAGAAACUUUGAGACUAUCGCUUCCGGCCCCAGAAUUGGAAUUGGGUACGCCACCUCGGCUUUGUUAUCCUUUGGUUAUUUUUCUCACUCGAAAGGAUAACAAGGAUCCACAUCCGGACGAGACUGUCGCAUUGGUGAAUGUCGUCCAUAUUAAGGACAGUGUCUGUACACUGCCGACCUCGAUUCUCGCUCAGUAUUUAAAACAGGCUAACGGACAGUUGUCCUGUCUCAAGCAACUCUAUUUGGCUACUGGGAACUCAACCAAUUACGAUGCAGCUGAUGUAUCAUCUGGGCUGGGACCAGCUCUUGCAUUGGCUGAGCCUUGCAACAAUAAUGGUAGCAAUAGUAGAGGUGCGCUGGUAGCAUCCGGCGCUGGAGACACGGAAGGUUCCCUCUGGAAUUCCGCUGGCGAGCAACUUUGUGUCGUCUGCCAAUAUUUCCCCCUCUCAAGAGCUCUACUACCAUGCAGACACACUUGCAUCUGCGCCUCUUGUUUCGGUAAAUUGGACAGGUGUCCCAUGUGCCGUAGUCCAAUUAAAAGUUACUUUUGCAUCCGGGGUGAGGAGUACAUGCCACCAGAGAAGGAAGUGAAUCCCUGCAAGCACAGAAGAACGGAACACGGACCUUCUCAUUGGCUCCAUGACUGGAACGAUAGACUCACCGACUUUCUUGGCUUUGCUCGAUAA